GCCAUUGUCUAUUUGGUUAUCGGAGGGAGCUUCUCGAAUGCAGACUGCAGAAUUCAUGGAAAGCAAGUCAAACUAACACCAUGCACCACUCUAUGGCAAGACAAGCAGACAUGAAUAAAGAAAAUGUACCUGUUGCUAAUAUUCAAGAGCCCACUGCAAGGAUUACUAGAGCACGGGCUAAAGCCUUGGGAAUAUCUGGAAGGUUACCCCCACUACACCCUCUGGUGAAACAGGAAUCCAAUCAGGCUCUGCAGUCAAACUCUAAAAGAGGGUCAUCAGAUAACAAGCCCACCACUGAUGUUGGCAAUGGCAUUCAGUCGAAGAGAAGGGCUGUUCUCAAGGAUGUCACUAACAUGCCCUUUGAUGAUUUAAAUAUGAAGGUCAUCAAUGAAAUAAAAAUUCAGACUAGCAAGCAACUGAGAAGCACUGCCAAGAAAAAUGACAUGGUGGAACCAGCUGUUUGUAUGGGUCUGCAGGAUCAAAUGGGAAAGGCAAAAGCAACAGAAGAUAUGACCAAACAGAGCAUAAGGGAAUUACGAGAAAUAACUUCACAGUUGAAGUUAGUAAAUGAUUUAGAAAGCGAACCAAGUAUAUAUAGAAACCCCAAAGCAGGUUGUAUGCCAGUGUUGGUGCCUGGAAAGUCAACUUCCAAUAACCAGUCUGGACUUGAAAGCUGUUUGCCAAAAGGAGAAAUCAAGCUUUCCAACAAAGUGGAGGCCUCAGAUGAUCAAGCUAUUCUUGACAUUGAUUGUAAGCAUAAAGAUCCUAAGAUGUGCAGUUUAUAUGCUGCUGAAGUAUAUAACAAUUUACGUGUGACAGAGCUGAAGUGGAGGCCUUCGGCUGAUUAUAUGAAAACAGUGCAGCGGGACAUCACACAGGAAAUGCGCGGUAUUCUUAUUGAUUGGCUUGUGGAGGUUUCUGAAGAAUAUAGGCUAGCAUCCGAAACACUUUACCUAACAGUCGCUCUUAUUGAUCGGUAUCUCUCUAAAAUGUACAUUGAAAAACAAAGACUUCAAUUGCUCGGGAUAACCUGCAUGCUCAUUGCCUCGAAGUACGAAGAAAUUAGUGCUCCACGUGUUGAGGACUUCUGUUUCAUCACAGACGGCACCUACACUAGACAAGAGGUACUGGACAUGGAGCGUCAAGUUCUGGACAUAUUGAGCUUUCAUCUUUCUGUUCCAACUGUAAAAAAGUUCCUUCGGAGAUUCAUUUUAGCAGCACAAAGUUCUUAUAAGGUCCCUGUCAUAGAACUGGAAUUCUUGGCUAACUAUCUAGCAGAAUUAACUCUCACCGAGUACGGUUUUUUGAAGUUUCUGCCGUCCCUCAUUGCUGCCUCAGCCGUGUUCUUAGCCAAAUGGACCCUUGAUCAGAUUGAACAUCCAUGGAAUCCUACUUUAGAACAUUAUACUAACUAUAAGGCAUCGGACCUAAAAGCAACAGUUCUGGCUCUGCAAGAUCUGCAACUUAACGAUGCUGCCCCUCUUCGUGCAAUUCGUCAAAAGUACAGGCAAAAACAGUUCAAAAGCGUUGCGACCUUAACCUCCCGAAAACCAGUGGAACCGUUGCACUAACGUUUGACUUCACUUCAGUAGCUGAUGUUUCUUCAUAAGACGAGACGAUUUAGAUAACUCUUUUUAAGUUACAAUUAUCCAAUCCAUGGUGCAACAUAUCUCAUGUUGUAAGUUGUAAGUUGUGUAACCUUUAUUUUCCCCAUGAAUUAUAAUACCUUUGUA